AAUACAAACCGGCUAUUCCGGUAACAAGUCACCAUUCACCGCGUUCCCUUUUCUUUCAUUCGCACUUUCCACUUCUUAAACAACCCACAGACUCACCACAACCGAGUCAACUCCGAUUCAUGGACUCGUUCUUCUCCACUUCUCCAUAGAAACAAAACAACACACUCUUCAUCAUGAAUGACCAUUUUACCCCUCCCCUUUUCCCAAUCCCUUCCAGUAUCAUAAUUUUUUCUCUCAUCGGUGCUAAUCACACCUCCUCCAGAUUCUGCUCUCGAUAAAUAAAAUCACACUUUUUUAUUUUUUAUUUUUUUCAAUUCUAUUCAUUUUUUUGUUGUUGAAUUUUUCUGAUUAUUAUUAUUCUGUACAAAAAAAAAAGAGUGCAAAAUCUGUUUCUAUGGAACCUGCCGUAGGGAAGCAUAGCUUUCUUCGAAACGUUCUGGUGCGGUUACUUCUCUUCGGCGUUUUCAUCGUCAUUAUUCGUUUUGCUUACGUCAUCACUAUCACCGGUGAAUCAUGCAACGUCGGCGAUUUUUGUUUCUUCUCUUCACCCGAGGCAAUUAACGUCGCCGUCACCGGAUCCAGUGCCGGCGCUCUUGCCGUUCGCUCCUCCGCCGAAGUAACUACGCCGGAGCAUCACGCUAGCAAAGACUGGAUCAACGGCGUCCGUUUCUACUCUUCCGUUUUCCAGGAUUUUAUCGCCGGUGGUUACCUUUCGCCGGCGGCGAAAUCUCUCUGUGUUGAUACUCCGAUAGGGAUGGAGGUUUUCGCUUUGAAGGAGAUCGGCGUUGUGGACGCUGUUGGAAUUUCGAAGAAGGCGUUGAAGCCGUUGGUGAAAUCCGGCGAAGGACACCAGAUUCCGUUUGGUAAUAACACGUUUGACUUUGUGUUCUCCGGUAACGGCGGUCUUGAGAGAUCGGUGAAACCGUCCGAAUUUGUAUCGGAAAUCGCGAGGACGCUGAAACCCGAAGGGUUUGCAGCUUUCCAUGUAAAGGCUAGAGAUUCUUACAGUUUCAAUUCAUUUGUUGAUUUGUUCAAAUUUUGUUGCAAAGUAGUUAAAUUCAACGACAUUCAAGGUUUCGACGAUUCAUUGAUGCCUGAGAUUAGAGAAAUCAUCGUGAAGAAAAUCGGUUAUAGAAAUAUUGAUUCUGAUUCUGUUACUGAUUUGAAUAGGGAUAAGAAAUGUUCUGUUGCAGGGUAUAAAAGAGAAUCGGUGAAAAAUGCUGAACCAUUGAUUGAAGAGGAACCAUUGAAACCAUGGAUAACUCUAAAGAAAAAUGUGAAGAACAUAAAGUAUCUUUCAUCAAUGGUUGAUAUAAGCUUUAAGAAUAGGUAUGUUUAUGUUGAUGUUGGAGCUAGAAGCUAUGGUUCAAGUAUUGGAAGUUGGUUUAAGAAACAAUAUCCAAAACAGAACAAAACAUUUGAUGUUUAUGCAAUUGAAGCUGAUAAAACUUUUCAUCAAGAGUAUGUGAUGAAAAAAGGGGUAACUUUGUUACCUUAUGCUGCAUGGGUUAGGAAUGAAAGUUUAGUUUUUGAAAUUAACAACGAUCCAGGUGAUAAGAAUAAAGAGAAAAUAGGGAGAGGUAUGGGAAGGAUUCGAUCGUUGGAGUCUCAGGGUGGUGAUGGUGGCGGCGGCGUUGAGAAGAUACAAGGGUUUGAUUUUGCGGAUUGGUUGAAGAACACAGUUACGAUGAACGAUUUUGUUGUUAUGAAAAUGGACGUUGAGGGUACUGAGUUUGAUUUGAUUCCGAGGUUGUUUGAAACCGGUGCUAUUUGUCUGGUUGAUGAAAUUUUUCUUGAGUGUCAUUACAAUAGAUGGCAGAGGUGUUGUCCUGGAGAAAGAAGUCCCAAGUAUGAGAAAACAUAUGAUCAAUGUUUGCAGCUUUUCAAUUCUCUUAGACAAAGUGGUGUUCUUGUUCAUCAAUGGUUUUAGUCAGUCAUAGAUUUGUUUCAUAGCUGAAAUAUUGAUAUCAUUUACAUUUUAUUUUAGCAUUCUUAAUUUUUACAUUUACAAUCCAAUAGAGAAGUUUUUCUUUUUAUUUUUUGAAUUUUUUAAUUGUACCAAUUGCAACUGAAAAUGAAAAUCAUCCCUUUACAUCAAUUGUAUUAUUUGUGUAGAUACUAGAUAUAGCUAUGGAUUCUUUAGCCAUGUUUAUUA